AUGGCCAAAGGCUGGAAGGAAAACGUCAAUAACUUCGACAACGCGGACCGUGUAAAGCUCCUUGGGGUAAUCGACCAUCUCCGCGAGCUCGGAAUCAGCGACGAUAUCCCCCUCCCACAGCUUGUCGUUGUCGGUGACCAGUCAAGCGGAAAGUCCUCUCUUCUUGAAGGUCUCACAGGGCUUGCAUUUCCCAUUGCAUCAGACCUAUGUACGCGUUUUGCGACACAGAUUGUGCUUCGCCGUACGCCUGCGGAGGAGGCCAAUGUGAAGGUCUCCAUAAUUCCGGGCCCAGAAGCUCAGACAAACGAGCAUUUGAAAACCUAUCUGGCAGGAUUUAAACAUAUUUCAGAAAAUGCUGAAUUCGGCGCCGACGAGUUCGCGGGUUUGCUGGGCAGUGCUGCGGAGCGAAUGGGACUCCCUAAGCCCGGAACAGAGGAUGUCGAGGAUCUUGAUCACAGGUUUUCAGAACAUGUAUUGAAGGUUGAACUAUCCGGGCCCGAACAUCCUCAUUUGAGUGUGGUAGAUGUUCCAGGUCUAUUUCACAAUAGGGCUAUUAUGGAUGGGAGAAACAACCUUGCGAACCAGGAGGUAUUUCGGAUGGCAAAGGCAGCGGAUCCGAAUGGUAGCCGAACCGUUGGUGUCGUGACCAAAUGUGACGCCCUCCAGCCCGGAGAAGAGCUUGGUGUCCUCCGAAUCCUUGAAAACUCCGUCGAGAGCCUUAAACAUGGCUGGUUCGGAGUCAAAAACCGGUCGGCGAAGGACAUCAAAAACAAUGUCACUAUAGAAGAGCGACACGUGAAUGAAGAGAAUUUCUUCACAACCUAUCCCUGGAGUACACUUCCUAAAGACCGAGUGGGCAUCAAACCGCUGAAGGCAUUCCUGGGAAAACUCUUGUACGAGCACAUAAGAAAUGAGUUUCCAGCACUUGUGAGGGAUAUCGAAGCGAGACAUGCGGAGAGUAUUCAGGAGCUUGAGGAUAUGGGAGCACCUAGGCAGUCCACAUCAGAACAGAGAGUUUAUCUCACGAAAGUGGUCAACGAAUAUCAGCUUGCAGUGAAUAAAGCGCUUGCUGGGACCUACCCGAGCGAUCUAUCUUCAACACAUCCCCUGAAGCUACGAAUGCAUGCCCAUGCAGCAAACACCGCGUUCGUAGAACGCAUCGCCAAUGAAGGCCACACCUACCAGUUCAUGACCGCAAAUAAUGCUCUCGACCCAAGCUAUAAACCCAGGACUUCUGGUGCGGUUUAUGAAUGGAUUAGAGCGUGGUAUAAAGAGUCACGUGGCGCCGAGCUUCCUGGUACCGUCAAUCCAGCUGUGGUCGAAAGUUUGUUUAGGCAACAGUCAGUCGGAUGGGUUCAGAUUGCGGAUAACCAUCUCAUGAACGUUGAACGUAUCGUUACAGAGUUCAAUGAUGCAUUAUUCAGAGAGACGGUUUCCGAUGAUCGUAUUCGGCAAAAUAUUAUCUCGCACAUGGAACCUUUAAUCUCGGCUGGUAUGAAAGCUGCCGAAGAGGAAUUGGCGAAGGUCCUCCGAGAUGAACGCGAAGGUACUCUUCUGACAUUCAACAAAAUAUUUGAGACGACCCUCAACACUGCACGCCUUGAUCGGAUCAUUGCUCGGAUGUCAACUCACACUGGAUCGCCCACCAGCGUCCUAAACGCAAGUUCUCGCACGGUUGCAGGCUAUGUUCAUCUCACCCUUGAGGACCAGGCAGUUUAUGAUAUUCAUGAUAUCCUCAAGACGUUCUACACGAUCGCAGUAGAACGAUUCACAGACAACGUUGUGGUCCAAGUUAUCGAGCGGCAUCUUCUCGGCUCUUCUGGGCCUGUAAAAAGUUUUUCCGUCGAGCAUGUUGGUGGUCUCCUGGAUAGUGAGGUGGCGGAUAUUGCUGGCGAUGAUUUGGCACUGAGGACUCGUAGGACGGAAAUCAACAGUCGUAUUCGAAGACUGAAUCAAGCUAUGGAUAUUGCAAAGAAGGUUAGUAAAGGGUAG